AUGGAGCAUCGUACCCGAAUUCAUCUCCAUCGUCGCCUCGGUCCAGUCAUUCGAGUUGGUCCUUGUGAUGUGAGUGUGAAUUGCAUAGAUGACGGGGUUCGCACAAUCUAUAGCAGCAAGUUCGACAAAGAUGCGACCUUCUACAAUGAAUUGUUCGAUCAGACUAAGUUCAUGGUCACCAUGACAGGUGAUGCAGAGCACAGGGAGCGUAAACGCAUGCUUACCCGCCCUUAUACCAAUUCGUACAUUCUCAUCUCUCCAACUCUCGAUGACGUCCUUUCUCGCGUAUCGCAGCGCCUUAAAGAAGCAAUUAUCAGCUGGGCAAAGACGGGUACCUCUGUCGAUGUCUAUCAGCAGGCUAAAUGCUGUACCCUUGACGUUGCUUCCGGCUGGCUCUUUGGUAGCGAUAAUGCGACCGAUACUUUACGAAACCCGGCAUUUGAGAAUGACCUCACAGCUUUAGCUUCGGCUGGCUCCAAGAUAAUUACCAUGAGGACCAGUCUCGACUGGCCCCUGACCUAUUUUGAAAACUGGUUUGGCAACAAGCUGCCCGAUCCCGAAAUUACUUCUCGGUGGCAAGCGUGGCUCACACAAGUAAUCGCUCAUUCCUACAGGUGGCACUCCACCAACUCACUUUCUACGCCGAGCCUUUUUGACCAUUUUUAUGAUUCUUUCAAAGCCGCCAACCCCGAAAUGUCGCGUAACGAAAUGGCUUCCUUGAUCGCGGUGGAGUGCGACGACCAUCUUUCAGCAAGCCACCUCGGCCUGGGAACAUUACUGUCAUAUAUCAUGUACGAGCUAUCAAUAGACCAGAACUGUCAGCGCGCACUCCGGCAAGAGCUCCUCACUCUGGCCAAACCUAGCGAUCGAAGCCUAGCCCAUCGCCUUGCAGAUUUGCCAGUGCUUGACGCCGUUGUCACGGAGACCAUGCGAACCCGUGCACCCUGUCCCGGCCCUUUCCCUCGUGUUGUCCCAGACUCAGGCUGCCGGCUCGCGGGAAAGUUUGAUGUCCCCGGUGGCACCAUCGUCAGCUCCUCAGCCUGGGCCCUCCACUUCAAUCCCGUCCCUUUUCCCUCUCCAGAAGAAUGGCGACCGAGGAGGUGGCUUGAAGCAGACGAGAACGCUGUCAUGGAGAUGCGGAGGUGGAUCUGGACAUUCGGAAGCGGCGCACGGAUGUGCAUUGGCACUCAUUACUCUAUGCGUGUCAUCAAAGAGCUUCUUGCCACCAUCUAUACGGAUUAUUCGACCUGCCUCGAUGAUGAAUUCACAGGAAAUGUGGAACAGCAGGAUGCCUUCUCGGCGGGGCCAAUUGCGGGUUGUCUGAAGCUACGAUUUAGAAAACUCACAUAA